UAGAGGGCUGGCAGCAGGACCCGGUGAAGGAGGGUGAGCAGAAGCAUCAGGGGGGGUGGCUUCCAUGACAAGCACCAAAUGCUGGGCUGCCUUUACAAUCACUGAAUGGGUGAGCAAGUAACGGUGAUGCAAGAGGCGGAAGUCAGAGGAGGCGGGAGCUUUGACAGGUCUGUAUUGUGGCUGGAUGCAGACAGCAGAGGCUAACACUGUAGUAGAGCGAAGGAGGAGAGAGUGUCCUGGUCCUGGUGUAAGGUGCUGGAACCCUGGAGUCAGCAGUUGUCUGUCUGUUACUGUAUCAGCUGAUGAUCACAGCUGACUGAGUGAGUGCACGCGUCAGACACAACCUGUGCCGAAAUUGCAUCAGUCAAUUUGCAAAGGGAUCCUCAUUGCUUUUUCAUCGCUUCUCGUCCGGCAAGAAAACACAAGGUUGUGGAUUGUGGAAAUAAUCUGAUUAUUAUAGACCAUCAAGAUGUCCUUAGAAAACUGCCCGAAACCAGCUGUGCAAGCCGUCAUCGAUCUCACUGCGGGGGCAGCAGGAGGCACGGCUUGUGUUUACACCGGGCAACCCUUUGACACUGUGAAAGUGAAGAUGCAGACAUUCCCUAAUUUAUACAAAAAUGUAGUGGACUGUGUUCUAAAGACGUACAAGGAAUCUGGCGUUGGGGGUUUCUACCGAGGGACUACGCCUGCCCUGAUGGCCCACAUAUCAGAAAAUGCUGUGCUGUUCCUGUCUUAUGGUUUUUGCCAGAGAAUUGUGAGAAAGCUUUCUGGAAUGGACAACCAAAGUGAGCUCAGUGAUAUACAGAAAGCAGCUUCAGGGUCGUUUGCAUCAGUGUUUGCUUCAUUAGCCAUUUGCCCAACAGAACUUGUGAAGUGUCGUCUCCAAGCAAUGCAUGAAAUGACCACAUCUGGAAAGCUAAAGCCAGGGCAUCCUAGUACAGCUUGGGCGGUGAUCAAAGACAUUUUACGAACAGAUGGUCCACUUGGCAUGUAUAGAGGAUUAUCCAGCACUUUGUUGAGGGAAAUGCCUGGAUAUUUUUUCUUCUUCGGUGGCUAUGAAUUUGGUCGCACCCUCUUUACUUCUGGGAACAAGUCCAAAGAUGAUCUCGGCCCUUUACCCCUGAUGUUGAGCGGUGGUUUUGGAGGAGCUUGCUUGUGGAUUGCUGUAUAUCCAAUCGACUGUGUGAAGUCUCGCAUCCAGGUCCUCUCGAUGGCAGGCGAAAAUGCUGGUUUCUUUAAUACUUUCCGACAUAUACUUAAGAAUGAAGGAAUCCGAGCAAUAUAUUCUGGAUUAACACCAACAAUGUUACGAGCGUUUCCUGCCAAUGGUGCUUUAUUCUUGGCCUACGAACUUAGUAGAAAAGCCAUGAUGAAGAAGAUGAGUGAGUGAAGCUGGUGGUGUUGCUCUUCUAAAGGUUACAGAGCUGUGUUUACUCCUGGGAGUUCCAGAACAUGCUGUAAUAGGAAAUGUUUCUGAAGGUGGAUAAUAGGAACACUUGAAGGACUGCGUCUGGCACUUAAAACUGGACACUGAAUAUUUAAUGCUGUACAUUCAAACGGCACUGCAAAGGAGUUCUUUGCACUGAUUCCCCACCCGCCUGCCUCCCUUUUACUUUAAAGCGGCAGCCACCACGUUAAAUGCAAUAAUAGUUCACCUAUUGCGAUUGCUGCCAAGACUGAUAUAUUAAAGAAACAUUAAAAAUCUUUCACGUAAUGGA